CGCAAUCGAUAAUCUCCGACUCAACAGUCAGUUCUAAGCAAACCCCGAACACUAGCGCCGUCCCAGUAGCAACAUUUGAUGCAAAUACAACAGACAAUAUGUCGAACAUAGGGCGUUUUGUAGAUAGGAAUGCCGAUAUACGGGCUGCGGGGCUGACGACCUCGUUCGGCGACCUGGUGAGCGUUCCGGAUUGCAUGCCCUUCACACACCCGUCCGACUUGGCCGAGCAGCUUAUGCGGCAGGAGUGCAGGCGGAGCACGGCCAAGCCACAGAGUAAACGUCAUCCGAUUGUUCCCAGCGAUAGUGUGAAGAAGAUGUUGAACGGAGAAGAAAAGUCCCGUUUCGUGGCAUUCCGUGAGAAGCUGUAUGAGGCCAUGUAUUCGAAGAAGCACCGCUUGGGAAGGAUAAGGCCGACACACUCGAAGCCAGAGAGUGUGACCAAUGAUAACCGCACCUUUGGCUUGGCAACGAAAACUUCGGAGCCCUUGUACCCGAUUAUAUUGCCACCGAAGUCCGCAGAGCAGGUCAACCAGGAGUACGCUGAGUUUCACGAUAAACAUAUCAUUAGCCACAAUCAUUAUUUCCCCUCGGAGAUUGUCAAUCGCAAAUAUACACAUCCCUUCGAUCGGCGAAAUACUUUUGGGAUGCACUUUGGCACCGACAGGAAUGGAACGCUGGUCAAAAGUCUCUUGAGCCUGUUCGAGGGUCCCGAUCUCAUUAUCAACAAGACCCACAAUGACUUUAUUGAACGCCACUGCGGUCCUUUAGGAAAAAAGUACAAACAUCCGUAUGAGGUGCCAGACACGAUUCAUGGCAUUACACAUCCAUUCGAGUGCAAUGCCAAAAUGCUAUUCGAAAACAUCUCGCCCUGCGUGAACAACGACAGACUGAAGGAUGCCUUGAGGUACCUGAUCGAUUGGCGUCGGAGCCUGCAUAAGCGGCCCGACUUCCACAUUUACGACCUGUGCUCAGUGCUGGAGAAGAAAGACAAGGUGCGCACGGGCCAUCUGCCCCUCUCGAAGAUCAUUGAGACACUGGACCGUCUUCACAUUGUGGUGGACACCCAGAAGAUGCGUACCGCUCUGAACCACAUCCAUUUGAUCAUCGACGAGGGCUGUGCCACAGAGCGUGUGAAUUACGAGAAGUUCUGCGGCCUGAUCGGCCAACAGGCGCCACUGCCAACAAUGGACAGCCGCUUGCCCUUCCCGGCUAAGAUGUACUGCUUGGAUACCACCUACCGCCUGUUCUGCGCCGACCGCAAUAAGAAGCCCGUUGAGGGGUUAGUGGAAAAGAGGAAAUUUCUGACGCCCCAAGAGCAGGAUGAAGAGAACACACGGGCCAAGGAUCUUAUUGCCCCCGAGCCGGAGACUUUGUACGGCCUCGGGCCAAGCGACUUCACUCGUCCACGGCCCAAGGAUCAGAUGGAGCGCCUCUUCAAGAAUAUCCUCCCCAAAGAUGUCUUCGAAACGGUUUGGCAGCGAGUGUUGGCAGAGCACAAGGAUCCACAUGAAAUGGUCUCCGUUUACCAUUUUCGGACCGUCUGGAAAAGGAUACAGGAUAUUGCUGCCCUGGAGUCACGCUACAGCCGCAGUUAAGAUUUGGUAAAAGGUUACAACAAUUUAUAAAUAUUACAAAAAAAUGUUACUUUGCAUAAAUUCGAUAAAUAUAUAUUA